GAGUUAGAGGAGAAAACAAAGGCUAAUGCAGAUUCAGCAAGGCUGUAUAACCGCCUUCAGCAAAAGAACAGAUGUUUGGUGCUUGAAAUAUCACGUUUGAGUGGUUGCCUCAGAAAGGCCUCCAAAACAAAAAGAACAGAGUUUGAAUACGAUGUCUUGGCUCAGAACGAAAAGAGACUGCGCUACUAUACUGGAUUCGCAUCACGCCUGCAUUUGGAGGCAUUUUGGUCGCUGUUAGAAGACGACGUGAACAGCCUGCAAUUUUGGAAUAUGAAAGGAACUGCAAAUGAAGACAGAAAGUUUCUGCUGCCGCUCAAGACACAGUUAAUAAUUGUGCUUAUGAGACUUCGGCUGGGACUUGACGGAGCCGACCUUGCAUUCAGGUUUGAUGUGUCGGAGAGCACGGUGUCCCGCCUAUGGGUAACCUGGCUUGACUUCCUACACAACAAGCUACGCCAGGUGCCCACAUGGAUGCCACCAGAUCUGUGUGACAAGUAUCGCCCACAAGCCUUCCUUUCCAAGGGAUUCAACACCGUGGACGGUAUCCUCGACUGCACAGAGAUCUUCAUUGAAACACCGUCAUCUUUUCGCGUUCAAAGUGAGACGUAUUCGUUGUACAAGAAGCACAAUACCGCCAAGGGACUGAUUGUUUGCAGCCCCAACGGAUUUGUGACAUUUGUCUCGGACCUAGCACCUGGCCGUUUGUCGGACAAGGCCUUGACCAAUCACUGUGGAAUCUUAGAUAAAUUCACUCCUGGGCGCAGCAUCAUGGCCGAUAGGGGAUUCACUAUUGCAGAUGAAUGUAAGACACGUUCGUUAGGUCUCAACAUUCCUCCUUUUAUGGGUGGACGGCCGCAGCUGUCAGAAAAAGACGAAGAGGAAACAAGACGAAUCGCAAGCGUGCGAAUACAUGUUGAGAGAGUCAUCAGGAGGGUGAAAACCUUCAGAAUACUAUCACAGAUUUUCCCAAACAGUAUGGCUGAACAACUCAACAAAGUGUGGCAGAUCUGUGCCCUGUUGUCUAACUUCAUUGAUUCACCUUUGCUGAAAACUACACCCAGCUGAACACUAGAAAAACUGCUUUUUGAGAUGGUCAGGAAAAUUUAGACAUUGUCAAAAGUUAAUGCCAAACUCUUGUUUCAGUGGCUCCAUUGUGUGCGUCUCUGCUCCUUGAUCUUCCCGUAAAAAUUUGUACAGCAAAAGCUUGUUGAUUCAUAUCUCACAGGACCGAAAAAAAUAUCCGAAUUGACUAAAUUCUGAAUUAUCGAAAGUAUCAAGAAAAAAAAUUAAGUGUGUGUAAUGUCAAUACACUUCUAUUUUCUUGACGAAUAAGUAAAUCCUGCACUUUUCAUAAGAGCAGUUUAAAAGCAGUAAUUUUCGCCACUUGUGACCUUGUCUACAAUGUAACCGCGGCUCACGACCUUCCUGUCUUCACUAACCCGAAACGUGCUACCUCAAAAUUAACUGGAAACAUUGUUCCCAUACAGUUCACGCUGAUGGCAGUAGUGAUGCAGAUUGCACCACCUCGUUUCGGUUGCCUGCGAACACUGUUGUCGCUCCUUUGCACCACACGAUUGUGGUGCUUCGUGUGGGGUGCGCUUUGAGAAUCGUCCGAAUUAACCGGGUU